UACUCUAUGAUUGGACAAUGUUUGUCAAAUAAAAACGAAAGUGCUACAGUGUCGAAAUCCGAAAUUUUUUCGGAUCUAAACAAGGCCUUGCUCCUCCUCGAAGUUAUUGUAUAAAUUGUGCCCUGUGCACGGCCUCACCUUUGCAGAACUCGAAGUCAAAAAAAAAAAAAAAACACACACACACAUCAUCGGAGGGUACGUAGGGGCGAGGAGGAGGGACCUGAACCCAGGGAGUAGCAAUGGCGGACCUUGUGCUUGGGUUGGCCAAGUCGGCGGUGGAGGGGACGUUGACGAUGGCCAAGUCGGCGAUCGAGGAGGAGGUGAAGCUGAAGAAGAGUAUGCAGCGCGACCUUUUGCUUAUCUCGGACGAGUUCGAGAUGAUGCACUCUUUCCUCAACGUUGCCAAGGAGCGUACCAGUGACGAAAUGGUGAGGACCUUGGUAAGGCAGGUCCGCAACAUGGCCUUAGAUGUGGAGGACUGCAUCGAAUCCGUUGUCCUGGUGGAUGCUAAGUCCCACUGGUGGCGCCGGUUUCUCACAUCCUGCAUGCUACCAGUACCACCAUAUGCGCCGGCUGCCGCCCUGGACGAUGCAGUUGCUGCUGCAGAGUUGCUGAAGUCCAGGGUGGAAGCCAUGGGCCAGAGGAACCAGCGCUACUGGCACAUCCGCGACCACUCUGGCUCCUCCAAGUCCAAGUCCAUCGAGAAGACUAAUCAGCAGGCCGUGGCCAAUGCUGCGGCAGUGGGCAUCCUUAAAGAGGCCAGGAACGCCAAGAAGAAGGAUAGCGGCUCAACAAAUCUCGCCGAGUUGAUCAAGAAUAAAGACGAUGUCCCGCCGCUUCAAGUAAUCUCGGUGUGGGGAGCAGUAGGUGAUCUUGGGGUGGCAUCCAUCAUCAAGAAGGCCCACGACAACCCAGAAAUAUGCAGCAAGUUCACUCACCGUGCUUGGGUGAAGCUGACCCAAUCCUUCAAUCCCCAUGAGUUCAUGAGGGGCUUGAUGGCUCAAUUCUCCACAAACUAUCAACAAGGAAGCCCAGUAGAUUUGCCGAAACAGAUAGAUGCGAUGAUGGGUAUGGAAGGUACACUACUCACCGAGGAGUUCGCCAAGCAAGUGAGCAACAACAGAUACCUAAUCUUCCUGGAAGAUUUGUCCAGCACAGUUGAUUGGGAGGCUGUCAAGAUGUACCUACCUGACAAGAAGAAUGGUAGCUGCAUCGUUGUGCACACCCAACAGCUCGAAGUUGCUAGCUUGUGCGUCGGACAAUCACACCGGGUAAUGGAGCUAGAGCGGUUUUCAGAUGACCAUUCUGUUUGUGUCUUUUUCAAUGAGAAGCGCAGCCAAAGAUAUCUCAUAGACCUCAUCAACAAGAAAGACGACGGCCAUGCUCCGCUUCAAGUGAUCUCAGUGUGUGGAGAAGACGAUGGCCAUCUUGAGGUGGCAUCCAUCAUCAACAAGACCUGUGGUGACGAGGACAACGACCCAGAAAUCUGUAAGAAAUUCAGGUACCGUGCGUGGGUAAAGCUGAGGCAUCCCUUCAGCGAGCAGGAGUUCAUCUUCAGAUUGCUGGCUCAAGUGUGCACAAACUAUUGUUUGCGCCAUGGAAGCGCCCAAGAUUUCAUGAAACUGAAUGGUCUGGACAAGGUUACCGAAGGCGUACAAAUCGAGCAGCUUGUGAAACAAGUGAUGAGCGAUCAGAGAUACCUAGUCUUCCUGGAUGAUGUGCACUUCAAGGAAGACUGGGACGCCGUCAGUAAAUACCUACCUGACAAGAAAAAUGGCAGCUGCAUUGUCGUGCACACCCAGCAGCGCGAUGUUGCAAGCCAUUGCGUUGGAGAAUCAGAUGGAAUAUUGGAGAUGGAGCUCUUCUCAACUGACCAUUCUGUCAGUGUCCUUUUGAAAGAGGGUGAGGACGAGGAGAGGGCUAUCAAGAUGGAAUAUGCAAAGGAAUGGAUAAAUAAUAAUCGUAAACCUGUUGGCCGCGGGGCAGAUAUAGAGAAUCUUAGCGCCAACAAAGCAGGGGUUCGACCCGUGUUCGGGAUAGCUGGUGUUGGCAAAUCUUAUAUCGUCAAACACGUCUACUGCAAGCAUGUGGUUAACCAACGCAGUUACUUCCAAAAGUUUGGUUGGGUGGAUGUGCCCCAUCCGUUCAACAUACGGGACUUCUCAUGGAGCCUACUCUUGGAUUUGCACUCAGGAUCCCUCCAACAUGGUACCAUGUUGAGAAUCAGAGACCCCAUUCAAGGGUGUCGUGAGCUUCUAAAAAGGCAUGCUUGUCUCAUUGUUAUUGACGGUUUGCAGUCCAGGGAAGAGUGGGACUCGAUAAAAGAUGCCUUGGCCUUUGAAGCUGAUGCUGACAAGAAUCGAAGCCGUAUCAUUGUCAUUGCAAAUGAAGAAAGUGUCGCCUCAUACUGUUCACCUAAUUGGUGGAACGUCGAAGGCCUGGAACAGGAUGAUGCGUUUAAGCUCUUCGAACAAACGGCAUCUAAGCGGGGUAACGACAGUUUAUGGCCCUCUGAUCCGAGCCCUGCCGAGAUUGAGCAAGCAAAAAUUGUGCUACAUAAGUGCGGUGGACUCCCCAAAGUGAUAGUUGCUGUAGCUGACUUUUUCGCCGCUGGAUGGAGAUUCAACCCAAUUCAUCUAAUGAAGGUGUUGGAGACCAACCCAGCGUUUACUUGUUUAAGGGAUAUGUUUGCCUGGGUGAAUUCCUACUUCGUAUCCUGCCCAGAUUCGCUCAAGCCAUGCAUCUUCUAUCUAUCAAUAUUCCCCGUGAACCAUAAGAUUCGUCGGAGGCGUCUGGUGCGUCGGUGGAUCGCCGAGGGCUACUCUACGGACACCAAGGAAAGCACCGCCGACGAGAAAGGGGAGAGGUCGUUUACCGACCUCUGCAGGCUAAACAUGAUCCAGGUGCCUGGAUCGACAAGCCUGUCCUAUUUGACGAGGAUGCCCUCGUGCCAGGUCAAUGGCUUCUUCCGCGAGUACAUCAUGUCUCGGUCAAUGGAAGAGAACCUUGUGUUUGCGCUGGAGGGCCAUUGCAGUCUCAACUCGCAACGCACCGGACGGCAUCUCACCAUAGGGAGCACCUGGGACCGAGAUGUAAGCGUGUAUCAGAGCAUCGACUUCUCACGUCUGCGGUCACUGACAGUCUUCGGCAAGUGGGAGUCAUUCUUCAUCUCUGACAAGAUGAGGAUAGUCCGGGUGCUGGACCUGGAGAACGCAUCAUCGGUGACGGAUGCUGACCUCGAACAGAUUGUCAAGCUGCUGCCUCGCCUCAAGUUCCUCUCCCUAAGAGAAUGCAAAGAGAUCACUCGUCUCCCGGAUUGUUUUGAUCGCCUGAGGCAGCUACAGACUCUGGAUAUUAGACACACCAUGGUUGUGUCGCUACCACUAUGCAUCACCAAGCUACAGAAGCUCCAGCAUAUUCGUGCCGGCACUAGCAUUACUACAGCACAAUUGGAUGAUGAUGUCUCCAGCAGCGGCACUGCUCAAAGACUACCUGCAGCAGCAGAAGCAGGAUCGGCAUCGUCGUCGUCGAUGGACAGGCAGCCACGAGCUGCUGCUGCUCUGGUGUCCCGGUCCCGGCUCCGGCUGCCGGGGUUGUGCGCACGCCGCCGCCGCGGCCAGCGGCUUUGUGGCUCUCGCAAUGGAGGCGUUGAGGCGCCCCCAGGUAUUGGGGAAAUGAUGGCCCUACACAACAUCAGUGUCAUUGACGUCAGUGUUGCAAGCGGCCGGGCAAUCAUUGAUGAGCUCAAGAACCUUACCCAACUGCGCAAGCUUGGAGUCUCUGGCGUCAGACGAGAAAACUGUAUCGAGUUUUGUUCUGCCAUUUCGGGUCACCCGCAUUUGGAAUCCUUGUCAGUGUGGGUGGACCAUAAUCAAGCUGGCUGCUUGGUUGCCAUUUCCUCGCCCCCUGAGGAACUACAGAGCCUUAAGCUGUACGGGUGUAUAGACAAGCUGCCAGCCUGGAUCAAACUGCUGCCGAAUCUCAGUAAACUGAAACUACAGAUCGACAGGAUAAUGCAGCAGGACGUGGACCUUCUCAUGGAUUUACCAAGUCUAAACAUUCUAUGCCUUUGUUCCAAGGAGUUCCAAUAUGGAGAGCUCCGGUUCGAGGGACCCUGUCGCCGGCUAUGGGUGCUCGAGAUUGAUUGCAACUGCAGGUUAAAGACUGUUAAGUUUCGGGGUACUUGGUUUUCAAUGCCACAGCUUGAGGUCCUCAAGAUCCGCUGCCAAAAUAAUGUGUCGUCCUUGGAGUUUUCUGGGCUACAGCAGCUUCGCAAGCUCAGGGAGGUCUCGCUCACCGGAUCCUACGAUGACAAAGUGAAGCAACAGUUGAAGAGCCAACUUGGUGAGAACCAGAGGGACAUCAAGCCUGUUCUGAAGCACAACUAGCUAGUUUCGUCCGCCCAUAUAUAUGGCCGUACGUUCGCAUUGGCACACGGUUGUUGCUGUUCAUUUCAUUCUAUCUGCUACUCUCUUUCCAGUCCUCUCCAUCCGGUAUAUAGAAGAUACAUGCAACAUGCAUGUUCUUCUAUGAUUUUUCAUCCCAAAAUACUCGGCAGUUUGGCUGCAUCCAGUCCAUGCUAGUUCACUGAAUCAAUGAUGUAGUAUGUAUUUACUAGCUAGUACUAGUGUACAUGCAAUGGAUUUAUUUUUGUCAAGCUAGCACGUUUAUUUGAAUCCAACUUUUUUUUUCUUUGUUUUGAUGUAUUAUUAAAAUUUCUAAUUUUCUGGACUAUAUAUGUAUUUAAUUA